AUGAUUCAAACUCGUAUGCUCUCAAAAGAAGAUGAAGCCCGCGGCGAAGAUAACGAAGUCCGCCGCGAGGACCAAGAAAAGAUCAACCGCUUCAGUCGCCUCCACCAACGGGAAAUUGUGUUGGAAGAGCAAUUGAAACUGAAGCAGAAAGACAAGGAAGAUCUGGAAGAAAUCUCCACAGAGCUCGAACUCGCAGAUGAAGAUGAUCUCGUUCCUUACAAGAUCGGCGACUCCUUCUUCCACCUUCCCCUGGAAGAAGCCCAGUCCCUCCUCGCCACCUCCACCGAGCAAAUCGACGCCGAGGUGAGCAAGCUGGAGGAAAACCUGGGCGACCUGCGCGAGGAGCUGCAGCAACUCAAAGUCGCCCUGUAUGCGCGCUUCGGCCGGAGUAUCAACCUAGAAACCUAA